AUGGAGGCCAUCGACCGGCGCUACGACGCGCCCGCGCGGCCCGCGCCGCCGCGCCAGGACUCGAACGCGUCGUCCUUCGCCGACGACUCCGACGAGGACGGGCCCGCGCCGCCGCCGCCGCGGCGCGCGGCGCCCGAGCCCGAGCCCGAGCCCGAGGCGCCCGCGACGGUGUCGGGCUGCCACGCGGAGAUGGUCGUCCACGACACGACCUUCGCGCCCGCGAAGGCGCGCACGGCGCCCGGCGUCGAGUUCGCCGUCGUCAUCGACGCGGACGAGCUCGGCUACGUCGAGUACCAGUUCCGCUGCGACCGCGUGCUCGACGGCGCCCCCGCGACGCGGACCCUCGCCUUCGAGACGGACAUCAUGUGCGCGGGCGACGUCUUCACGCACAUUUUCCAGGACGAGGGCCGCUACGAGAUCUACGACGUCGACGCCGAGGACGCGCCGGGCCACAUCCGCGUGUCGUCCGCGGAGGACGACUAG